CAAUGUAAAAAAACCACUGUCCCUUCUGUCUGCCCUUUAUGAGCAAAUAAGAAAUGGGGGAGGCAGAUGACCUUAGUUCUCCAAAGCCUUUUUAUAUUUGGUGGCAUGAAGACAUCCAUAUGUCGUCAUGCAGGUUCUCCUUAAAACGUAACGAUCACUGCUAUCUAUUUUAUGCAGCAGGGGUUAGCUGCAUGUCAGACGUGGUCUGACAUAGCCGGUUACUUUGAUUAUAUAUUAGGUAAGUCGAGGGCUUUUCAUUUCAGUUUCCAACCCAGACCUUCAGCUACUGCAAAAUUCAGAUAGCAUGUUAAUGUAGUUAUGUUGCUUUGGACGGUGAAGACAGUACAGUUUUUAUACCCUGGAAAAAGGAUUAUGAAUGAGGGAGAAAAAAUUGAGGGUGAGAGAAAAAAAAUAUGCCGUAGCUUUUUCUUUCUUUUUUUUUUUUUUUUUUUGAGAUGCAGCAAGGUGUCUUCUUAGAGCAGCUUACAGUUUUGUCUUAUUGUCCCCAAACAUACAUACAUACAUACAUAUAUAUAAAUAAAAUAAAAAAUGGUCCAAUAUUUUACAGGCAGGAAUUCUCAUAAAAGGCUGGCUUUAUUAUCGCCAUUUAUGUAAGGCAAAGGUUGAUAGGUUUUCUUCAGCUCUUGUCUGUCUGUCUCUCUGUCAUCAUGUAGAUACAUGUCAGUGGUGUAGGUUUUCAGUGCACUUACUCUAGCCCUGAUCAGUCAUGUAAUUAGAUCAGGCUGCCAUGGUAACAGACAGUAUUCAUCGUCCAUUCAGGUGUGUUUGUCUUGUGACUAGGCUACCUCAAGCGGUGUAUGUACUGUAUUUAUGUUGUGCAGCCUGCAUAGCUGACUGCUCUGUCUUCUUGCAGAAUGUUUCAGCAUAUUGUAAUCAUUUCCUGACCACUGAGUAUAUGAAAGAUGCUCCUCGAGUGCUACAGCAUCAGGCAGUUUUUACAUUUGUGCACAUCACAUUGCAAGCCAACUCAGAUGGGCAAGCAAUACAAGCUGUGAAUUUCUUUUUGACCCCCACUGGACAGUGAUCCAUCAUUAUUUUCAUUUUCACUGAAGAGAAAUGCAUUGUAAAUAAGAUCCUGGAGAACAGUGCAAGAGUUUUAAUGCAAGACAUCAGAAAAAAAACUCUGCAACAUCUCAUGUGAGGAGAAGAAAGGAGACUUAUGAUUGUGUCUUGAAACACUCUCAUGAUUUGAGGUAUUUCCUACUUUAUUUGAAAGAGAAGAGGCACUGUCAGCCUGCAAGUGACCUCACAGCUUCUGAAAAAUCUUCAUGGUAAAGGAUAAUCUGGGACUCCCUGUUGAAGAGCAUAGUGAAUGUUAAUCCAGAGCAGCUGUUGGAGGAUUGUGCUCACAAGGAGAUGAUUCCUCAUGAAGUCACUGGAUCCCCUUCAGAAAUCAAAUGUGACUUUCCAUUUAUCAGACUGAAAUCUGAACCAGCCAGACAGUGAAGCAAGAGCAGUGGAGGGGGGACGGCGAAAGAUGAAAUCCAACCAAGAAAGGAGCAAUGAAUGCCUGCCGCCCAAAAAGCGAGAAAUCCCUGCCACCAGCCUGCCUUCCGAGGUGAAGCCGUUAGUCCUGCCAAACGAGAACCACCGUGCAGAUAACUUAAUAUGGCUCUCCAGCACGUCCAGCAGCCAAAGCAGCAUGGGUGGAAGGCACAGACCUGGAGGGACUUCGGUGGAGAUUGGUUUACAGCAGGGCUUACACAAAUCACUGUCCACAGGAAUGGACUAUUCCCCACCCAGUGCUCCCAGGUCCGUUCCAGCCACAACAACACUUCCCACGGUGUAUUCACCCGCACUGUCACAAUCAGGGACGCCUGUCUCCCCUGUGCAGUACACGCACCUGCAACCCACUUUCCAGUUCGUUGGGCCCCAGUACAGUGGACCAUAUGCCGGGUUCAUCCCCUCCCAGCUGAUUUCCCCGACAGCCAAUUCCGGGACUGGCGCAGCAGCCUCUGCCACUGCUGUUGCAACCACUCCAUCCCAGCGCUCUCAGCUGGAGGCUUAUUCCACUUUGCUGGCCAGCAUAAGCAGCUUGGGCCAGCAGGGGCACAAAGUUGAGCAGCAUCUCGUCAGGACACCGGGGUUGAUUUCAGCAGGGUCUCCUCCUCCUACCCAACAAAACCAGUACGUCCACAUUUCCGGGUCUCCCCAGAGCGCGGUCCGAAACGUCUCUCCUCCGACCAUCCCAGUCCAUAUGCAUCCCCACCAAACAGUGAUUCCACCCACACUCACCCUUGGGCCUUCCUCCCAAGUGGUGCUGCAGUACACAGACUCUGGGGGCCACUUUGUCACCAGGGAUCCCACCAAGAAGGCAGAGAGCAGCCGGCUGCAAGCAAUGCAGGCCAAGGAAAUUCUGAACGGAGAGCUAGAGAAAAGCAGGCGGUAUGGCCUUUCACCCUCUGCAGACGUGGGUCUAGUCAAAGCAGGCAAUAAACCAGCUCCUCACCAUUACGAGACCAGGCAUGUGGUGGUUCACCCAAGUCCUGCCGAAUACAGCACACGAGAUUCCUCCAGUGUCCGGGCCUCUGUGAUGGUCGUACCAAACAGCAGCACACCUACCGCAGAUAUGGAGGUCCAGCAGGCCACCCACAGAGAAACCUCUCCCUCAACCCUCAAUGACAAGGGAAACUUGCAUUUAGGAAAGCCAGCCCACAGGUCCUAUGCUUUAUCUCCACAACAGACUAUGGGCCAUGAGGGGGUGAAAACAAUCGCCACCUUGUCCCCUCAUACUGUCAUUCAGACCACCCACAGCGCCUCUGAGCAAGUCCCUGUCGGACUGCCUGCCACGGCCUUCUACACUGGGACCCAGCCGCCAGUAAUCGGCUAUCUGAGUGGUCAGCAGCAAGCGAUUGGUUACCCUGGAAACCUGCCACAGCAUCUGGUGAUCCCUGGCACCCAGCCUCUGCUUAUACCAGUCGGCAAUGCAGACGUGGAAUCAUCAGGAGUAGCACCUGCUAUCGUCACUUCAUCUCCCCAGUUUGCAGCAGUGCCUCAUACAUUUGUCACUACCGCCAUUCCUAAGAAUGAGAAUUACAGCGUCGAGUCGCUCGCAACCCAGCCAGCCUACCAGGCAGCCGUGGUGCAGGCCCAGAUCCACCUUCCCGUCGUGCAGUCUGUCGCUUCUCCGACAGCAGCUCCUCCGACACUGCCCCCUUACUUCAUGAAAGGGUCGAUCAUUCAGUUGGCUAAUGGGGAGCUGAAGAAGGUAGAGGACUUAAAAACAGAAGACUUUAUUCAGAGCGCAGAAAUCAGCAGUGACCUGAAAAUAGACUCCAGCACCGUGGAGAGAAUUGAAGACAGCCAUAACCCAGGCAUUGCUGUGAUACAGUUUGCUGUUGGAGAGCAUCGAGCACAGGUCAGCGUGGAAGUCUUGGUAGAAUACCCUUUUUUUGUAUUUGGACAAGGCUGGUCCUCCUGCUGCCCUGAGAGAACCAGCCAGCUCUUCGAUUUGCCAUGUUCCAAACUCUCUGUUGGGGAUGUCUGCAUAUCGCUCACUCUCAAGAAUCUGAAGAACGGCUCGAUUAAAAAGGGCCAGCCCAUGGAUUCAGCUAGUAUCUUGCUGAAGCACUCAAAGAAUGACAGUCUAGCUGGAAGUAGACACAGGUAUGCGGAGCAGGAAAACGGGAUUAAUCAGGGAAGUGCACAGAUGUUAGCUGAGAAUGGUGAACUGAAGUUUCCGGACAAAAUAGGAUUGCCUGCAGCACCUUUGCUCACCAAAACAGAACCCAGCAAGCCCACAGCGACGAGGAAGAGGAGGUGGUCGGCCCCCGAAACACGGAAACUAGAGAAAUCAGAAGAGGAACCACCAUUGACUCUUCCCAAGCCUUCUUUUAUUCCUCAGGAGGUUAAGAUUUGCAUUGAAGGUCGAUCUAAUGUAGGAAAGUAAAGGCUGGUUGGGGAAAGGAAAUUAGGCUAUCCCUUGUCAUUUUUAUCCAGAUUACUGUACUGUAGACUAAAUAACCCAGUAUUUACAUGUUAUCAUCUUAUUUUAGGUUUAUGUUAUAACCUUGUUGUUAUAGUUGCAGCUGGUAUUAUGCAGGAGAGUGGUGCAUAUGUUUUUUCCACAAGUGUUUGUCAUUGACUAGGUUUUAUCGAGAGCUGCGGAAGGGGCAGUAUCUGCUUCGCGCACCCUUAGUGGAAAUGAAUGUAUUGUCAUGGCUCCUGAUUUCUAACACCUAGUGUAGAACAGGCUCCAGCUGGUCAGGUUUUUCUUUUUCUUUUUCUUUUUCUUUUUCUUUUCUUUUCUUUUUUUGUGAGGUGAUGAGAAGGGAGCUAUAGCAGAGACUAAGACCCCUGCAGGCAUACCAUGCCUUCCCAUCCCAGGAGGGGAUUGGAGCUCUGUGGCAGGGUCAUUAGGAGAUUCCCUCACCUAAGGCAGGUGCUGAGAACAGAUUAUCAAACAGGAUCAGGCAGUUUUUGACACAUUACACAAUAAAACCAACCUGUACUCACGACUCUAUUAUAUACAGUAUAGUGCGUGUGUUUGUAUACACACAUACACACACACACAUACAUAC